CCAGGCGGACCCGCGGAGCCCAACGGCCGCCGGAGCGGUAUUUGGGGCUCGGGCCGCGGAGACGGAUCCGCACCAGGGGGGUCCCCGAGCCCCCUGCCCACCCCUGGGGCCGAUCGGGGGCUCCCCCCACCCAGCAGCCAGGGCUGCAGCGGUCGUGGGGCAGAGGGGUGGGAAAGGGGGAUCCGGGCUGGGAGUGGAGGAAAUGCGGGAGGAAGAGGAGGGAGAGGAGGAGGAGGAGGAGCGGAAGAAUCCCGGCGCUCGCACCGCCCGCACGCUGAGUCUGCAGGACCCCCUGCCCCGGGAGCAUCGCCCCCAGCCCCGAGCCACAGGAUUUCCCAUUCCCAAACUUUGGCUGGAUGGAGGAGGAGAACACUACGAGGAAGAGGAAGAUGCCCCUGGACACUCAGGCAGGGAAGGAGCUGAGGAUGGAGACCAGGGAGGACAAAUCCCCAUGUCAGAACCUCGUGAAAGACGCCAGUUUGGGUGGCUUCACAGUGCAGGAAUCCAACGGAGAGGAAGAGCCCCAGACAUCCCACAGAAGGAGGGGCUGCAAAGCCAGGCCAGAGUGCUCUGAGGAAGAAAGACCCACCCUGUGCCAGGAAGGUGGACAGAGCUUCCACCAGAGCUCAGAGCUGGUGGUCCAUGAACAGCUUCGUGAUGGGGAGAGGCCCUACGAGUGCUUGGAGUGUGGGAAGAACUUCAGGAAGAGAUUCAACCUGAUCUGCCACCAGAGGAUCCACACUGGGGAACGGCCCUUUGAGUGCUUGGAAUGUGGGAUGAGCUUCAGCCACAGGUCUGACCUGGGUGUCCACCAGAGGUUCCAUACAGGGGAGAGGCCCUACGAGUGUCCUGAGUGUCAGAAGAGGUUUCACACCAGCUCCCAUCUCCUUGUACAUGAGCGGAUUCAUACCGAGGAGAGGCCCUUCUGCUGCCCCGACUGUGGGAUGGGCUUCAAACACAACUCCACCCUCGUCACCCACAGGCGCAUCCACACCGGGGAGAGGCCCUACGAGUGUCCCCAGUGUGGGAAGAGCUUCUCAGACCGCUCAUUCUUUACCCGACACCAACGGAAGCAUCAGUAAGGGAAGCCCUGCGAGUGCCCCAACUGCAGGAAUAGCUUCGUGCACUGCUCACACUCCAUCCCCAUCAGAGGUCCCACAUUGGUCAGAGCCCUGGUGGCCCACAUUCCCCGUGAUACGCAGUGGGAACUGGUUGGUGUUCCUUUUUUUUUGCCUCUCAUUAUCUUUUGAUUUAUCUUCCUCUCUUCAAAACACAGAAAAUCAAGGUAAAAAUCAACAAAUUCAUCAAAGGCAUCUAAAGCCUCACAUUUUACUUGUGUUUUGGGGGAAUCUUGGAUUCUGGGAGAUAUCUGGGAGGAUAUGGGGGGGGUUGGGGGCUAUUUGGUUUAGUUGUCCUUAUUUCUUGGCACUCCAAAAGACAAGAGGGAUUGAUCUGUCAGCUCAGAACUGCUGAAUUCCACUGAAAACUACUUGAUCCCUCCCCAAAAUUACACAAUUCCACAGCCCCUCAGGGUGAAAUUGGGUUGGAAUGGGAUUGGCCAAAGUGGGAUGCAAAUCACGAGGGGUGAAGUGAGCAUUGGGUGGGGCAGGAUGGGUGGGAUGGGGUUUGGGAGGUGUGAAAUGGGGGAAGUAGAGCUUGGGAAGGGGGUCUUGAUGUUCAUGAGGGGUGGGAUGGGUUGGGGUUGGGACUGGGGUGGUGGGCUGGGUCUGGAAGGAGACAACCAAAGUUUGGGGAUGAUAAAGGGAGGGGGAACCCAUUACUGAGUGAGUUUUUGGAAAGUCCACAUUCAUGAAGAGAUGCUGGGGUAUCUCAUGUUUCUGAGGCAGUUUUGGGGCACUCCCCAUCUUUUGGGGGUUUCCUGAGAGUAGCUCCAUGGACCCCCAUGGCCAGGGGUGGUUGCCAUGGACACAAGCUCACAGCUGCAGCCAGAGCCUGUUGCCUUGGUGCUGGAGAGCAGAGAAAUGAUGAAUGGCGUCAGACAUCUCCAGUGUGUGGUUGGAGACCUGUGAAGUGGUCAGCAGCAAUCCUCUUGAGAGAUGCACCUUAGGCUCCGGGCAUUCCUCACAGAUCAGGGUGAGGAAAGAAGCUUCCCCCAUGGUGCUCUGCAGCACUAUGUUAAUUUGUCCCAGUUCUUUCCUCCUUAUUGGUCUGUUGGCCUUUCCUACCCCUUUUACCCUUUUAUGUUCAUGUUCUAGUGAGUUCUCCCUUCCCUGUCCUCCCACUGCUUUAUGUCUCCACCUAUCCACACUAGCAUUCCGUAUUGGUCCUUUCCCUGUGUACCACCCCUGAGCCCUCAGACCCUGAUGCUCUUCUCCACCCCCUCUUUUCUGUAUUUAUACCCUAGACCCUCCUUUGUCUUUGUCUUUGGCCCCUGGACCUCUUCAGCGUCACCUGUAAUAAAGCAUGUUGGAACUCCAUGCCUGGACCCUCCCAUGUCUCCACUGCUGAGCUGCUGCGUGUGUCUGUGUGUGUCUGUCUGUCUCUGUGUGUGUGUGUGUGUGUGUGUGUGUGUGUGUGUUUGCUGGUGCUCUUGUGGCUCUUGAACAUUGGUGCGAGAUGCUCUCAGGAAAGGUUGCAUCUACCACCACUGGAGACCACAGAAGUGUUGCCCGAACAGGCACCUUUGUCUGGUACCCCUGAAGAAUGUCUCCACAUCACUGGAAUCUAAGUCGCCUUUGGGUCAGCCAUUGCCCUAAGACAACCUCUGAGUUUUAUCAGGGGAGAGAACGGCAACCCUCCCGGAGUCGCGAACUGGAGGAUUGCUGUCCUCAACAGAUCCCCACAAGAUCCUUUUCUGGCCCACCAUUGGGUGAGUAUGUUGCAGUCAGGGUCACCCUUUUCUUUUGUUUUCUCAUUUUAAAUCUUGUGGGUGGGAAGACUGCAGAAUGGGCACAAAACUCACCGUUCUGCAACAGGAGAUUUAUAUCCAAGUAACAUUAGCCCUUGUUGCUCGGGAAAUUCAUUUUCCAAAAAGGAAUUUGAAGGCUUUUGUUCAUUUUCUUUUCAAAUAUUUUAUGUUGCAAGAUUUAUCACUUGAGAUUUGGGACAUGGUUGGGAUCAAGUUAUUUGUUUUAUAAAUGGAGGGAAAUUUUAAAAUGGGAAAGUUUUUUCCUCUUUUUUGUUCCAUUUAUGGCAAAAAGUUUUAUCUUCUUUUUAGUUUUAUUUAUGAUUCAGUAAAAAAAUUGGGAAAAUUUGGGAAAUUUUUGGUCCCCAGUUCAAAACCCCUUCCCCUUCACCCUCUCCCCAAGCCCCUAAACCCUCUUCCCUGCCUGAGAAGCAAUCAGCAGGCAGAUGUCACUAUUCAGCACAGGGUUUCGUCUGUCUCUCUGAUGCCUCCCGAUCUCUUCUCUCUCCUUACCAGGACGGCACUGGCAGUGCCGUUCUGGACCUUCCCCUCAACCUUCUCCCUAUGCCUGCAUACCUGUGGGAAUUCACAAAAUCAGAGGGUUUUGGGAAAGCUGCAAAAGGCAGGCCUCGGAGACAACAGAACUGUUAUUAGAGCUGAGCAGUAGCCAUGAGAUAGGUCAGCAGAAAAAAUAUUUAAAAAGUAGAAAAGCAAGGACGAAUAGAACAAUGGUCUGUGUAUUAAUGCCUGUUUAGAAUAACUCCCUAAGCUGUAGAAAAGUUUAUCUAGCAAGAUAUUAGGAAGUUUGAAGCUUAAUAAUGGAGCUCUGUGUGUUGUGUUUUAAGGCUUACAAGCAGGUAUUGUAUUUGAAAUAAGCAAGCAUUGUUUUAACCAAAGGUACGUGUGCUUAUAGCGGUUGGAUGGAACCACUGUCAAUAUGCUUCUGCUUUGUGUGAUUGGUCAAAAAAGUUAUAAAGUAAGUUGUAACAUUAAGUUCUUGGUCUGCUGCCUGGGAUGUGAGCUGAUGGCAUCUUCCUGUUGAGGAUUUGUUGCAGAUUGGGGAGUUUUUGAGAAACAAAGGCCAUAUUCAUCCAAUGCACAAUCCAGCCUGCUUGGGAUAAUGGACAAUGGACACAUUCACAAAUAAUAAUGGACAUAUUCAGAAAAUGGGGUUGGUAUAUCCUUGAAAAAGAUACAAGAAGAAGAGUCAAAUGGACUCAGCAAGCUUGUCAGUGAGCUUGGGAAAGUGAGGAAAGUUCAUGGGUGGGACAGGAAACCGCAGCCAGACGUGUGAAGUUAGAUGAUCCAAUCAGCAUCCUAUCUUAGACGCGUGAACAGCUAGGCCUAACCAAUCAUGUAAUAGCUAGAGAUGUGUGGACAGUAGAGAAUGAUAAUAAAUUUGGCUUCACUGGA